AAUAGACAGGGAAUGGAGGGAGAGAGACAGAGAGACAAACCCAGCUAAUUUUCUUCCCCCUGGUUCACUCGACUCGAGCAAUGCCACAGCCAUAAACACUUGACCUCAAAGAACUUGCAGACAUUGUUGGAGAAGUCAAGCUCCGAAGUCCAAAAGCAUUCACUCAGCGUGGAAGAGAAUAGGGAACGAGAACGAGAGAGGAUGGGAGAUUGCACUUGCUGGGUUCUCAGAUCUCUCAUCAUCUGUGUACUGUUUCUUCUUCAAGGAGCAAAUGGGGAUAACCCAUACAGGUUCUUGACAUGGAAGGUCACUUAUGGCGACAUUUACCCUCUUGGUGUUAAGCAACAGGGCAUUUUGAUCAAUGGGCAAUUUCCAGGGCCCCAAAUCGAUGCGGUCACUAAUGACAACUUGAUCAUCAGUGUCUACAACUACUUGAAGGAGCCAUUCCUGAUUUCUUGGUAAUAAAUCUGUUGCUUCUGUGGAAAUCUCGCUCUGUCUUCUUUUGUGUUCCCUUUCUGUGUUUUCCCUGGUCGUUGCUCUGUUUUCUUAGGUUAAUCUGAGCAUGCAGGAGAAAGAGUGUGAAAUAGUAUAAUUUCCUUUUUCUGGUUUCUUUUUUGCUCACAGAGAGAGACCAUCAACUUCAAGAAUGGCUGAGAUUUUACUUUCCUUUUGCUAGAUUAAUCUUAGAAAGUAUCAUGUUUAGCUUAAAAUCGGGCUUUUCCUUUCCCUUUUCUCAGUUAUUACUGGAAGAUCGAGCUUCUUUCUCUGCACACCAACUGCCCUGUGGGAACUACUCUGUUUUAGAUGUAACGGGAACUGGAUCUGUCACAUCUGUGGUUUCUACUUUC